AUGUACCGUCGUCUAAUCACCCCUUGCCAAAUUCCUGUUCUCUCCUCCACAGUGCCCACUUUGGGCUUAAACCUGGCCACCUGCGAAUUCACCGAGUGUGACAAAAAGGCCGACUGCUUCUGGCGCCCGUUCAAGCAGAAGGGAGUAGACGGACACCCCUACGAGUGUGUUUGUCGCAACUUCUGGAUGUCGCCGCAUUGGCGAACUGAUAUCAAACCAGGCACCAUUUGCAUCAGUAAGCAAACCUUAUUCUUGCUCUGCCCAACAUGUUACUAUGCGCUGGUAUGCCAAUACCCGUUUGUACGUCUACAUUUGUGUAUGCAUUUGGAGAGGCAUGGUUGUGUCUCGACGUCAAGCGAGGCAUAA